UUUGUGUACCCACAACUCUCUCUGAGGGAUUUUUGUGAUGCAAAAAGGGAAACUUUAACAUGUACAACUGAAAGACCAAAACACUCAGAACUCUGGAGCAUCUUGAGAAGUGUAUGUAAAAUCCCAGCAGAAUCCAAAUCCAGCAGAAUGGCAGACAUGUCAGUGGAGGAGAUGACAAUCAAAGCCAACCAUAUAACAGAUGAGUCGCUUGAAAGCACUAGACGAAUGGCACAAAUGACACAGGAGAGUUUGGACGUUGGGGCCAAAACUUUGAUUAUGCUAGAUGAGCAGGGAGAAAAACUAAGAAAAGUGGAUCAGGAAGUGGAGCUGAUCAAGCAGGACAUGAAACAGGCCCGAAAAAAUCUGAAUGAACUGUCGAAAUGCUGCGGCCUGUGUUUGUUCCCAUUUAACAGACUGAAGUCUACCAAGAGAAAAAAACAGGUCAGGGAACCAAAGGACAGCAAGCAGAAUGUGGUAUCCAGCCAACUGACUGCCGUUCGCAAUGGGCAGACUGUUUCUGCUGGGUCAGUGGCCCCCACUGGCCCUUACUUUAAGAGAAUAAUAAAUGAUGAUCGAGAAGAUGAGAUGGAAGAGAAUCUGGAUGAGGUGAGCAACCACCUUACGACUUUAAAGAGCAUGGCACUGGACUUCCAUGACAAGAUUGAAAAACAAAACCAAAAAAUUGGCGACAUCGCUGAUAAGGUUUCAGCAGUCACAACUGAAGUUGCUGCUACGGAAAAACAAGCCAGAAAACAUCAAUAAGAAAAAUACAGUAAGGACUGCCAAAAGUUAAAGCCAGUAUGAAAUAAUAAUAAUUCACACUACGCUUUUUCUACAGAUCUUAGUGUGAACAAAGCUUGAUCGAAGUAUAUGUCUCAUGUUCUUUGGACAAAAUGAAAAGUGUCCAUAUGACAGGACAGAUCAGCGUGUAAAUUAUAAAUAAGCUAAUACUUCAAAAAAUAUCAAUGAAUGAAUCUCUUUUAUUUUUAA